UUGUGUAUUUCAACUGAACUUGGCAUAUUUUUAUUCUACCCGUUUACGCCAACUUUUAUACUAUCCUUUUACCGAAAUUUUCAUUUAAAAUAAAAAAAAAAAUAGACAAAAAAAACAACCAUUUUAAUAUUACGCAAUGGCAUAUAGUCUAAAUCAACGUCCUGACAAAAUAGGUGUUAGGUUAGACGAUAAAUAUGCUAAUUCUUUAUCAUUACGAAUAAAAGAAUUAUUGCGUUAUAAACACGAAGAAGGAUUUCCUGGUUCUCAACCCGUUCAUUUCGAAUCAGGACAUGUUGAAUUAUUAGAAAAGGAAAAUUAUUAUGUACGAGAUAAAUCUGACGGGAAACGAUAUAUAAUGUUUUUCACAACCGUCGAUGGUGGUACAGCAUUUAUGAUGGACGAAUCGUGUCAAUUUCGAACUUUGGCUGGAUUCAAGCUACCAUUACGUUCAAAUCCUAACCAAAUGCAUAACGAAACCAUGGUGGAUGGUGAAGUAAUUAUAGACACAGACAAUAAUAAACGAUAUUUAAUAUUCGAUCUAAUGGUUUUGAAUGGAAUUACUCUCAUAGAAAGGCCAUAUAAUAAACGAUUGGGAAUGUUAAAGGCCGAUGUAUUAGAGCCAUUAAAUGCUGAACUGGAAAAAAAUAUGGGGAUGAAAACAAAUUUACCAUUAAAAUUUGCAAUAAAACCAAUGGAAUUAUCAUAUGGAUUAAAAUGUGGAAAUGACGGGUUGGUUUUUGUACCGGUGAAUCAUCCAUAUGAGUCUACAACAUGUAAAAAACUCCUAUUAUGGAAACCAAUUACAAAAUUAACUGUUGAUUUCAAGAUCAAAUAUUUCAAGGAAGAAAUAUAUGAAUUGUUAAUAUUUGAUGGUAGAGAUCACAAGCUUUAUGAUUACUUAACGAUAGAUUCAGGUCUUGCUUUGCAAUGGCAAAGAAAUUCACCUGAUGGUAAUAUUGCCACAUUCUGGUAUGACAAGCGUUGGAAGACAUCAAGAUCACAUGAUGGUGGAUGGAGUCAUCAAAUAAUAAAUCAUGUAGGUUUUUAAGGUUUGUACAAGAUAAGAAUAAAGCUGAUCGUGAAAAAGACGUAGAUCGUGUUUGGAAGUGUAUACAAACUGCUGUGCCACCAGAGAUGAAAAUCGAAAACCUAUUAUAAGAGAGAACUGGAAGCGAAGAAACCCCCCACCAUUUCCAGAUGCCCAGCCAUUACCGUCACCAAUAUCUCAAAUACAAACACCGUCAAUUAAUAAUGCGUUUGAAUCAGUAUCACCUUCAAUUCC